CACGGAAGGCUCCGGAAGCCUGCCCGGUGUCACACAGCCGCUCCUGGCAGUGAUCCCGGACCCCAUGAGGAAGCAGGAGAUGCGGAUGGGCGGAGAGGCUGGCCAGGGCCACGCUACCGGCUCUCCGGCCGAGCAGGUGAAAGCCCUCAUGGACCUGCUGGCCGGGAAAGGCUGUCAGGGCUCCCAGGCCCCACAGACCCCUGACAGGACACCCGACUCUCCACGGGGGCCUCCCGGCAACGACUCGCGGAUACAGAGACACCAGGAGGCCCUUCUGAGCAGGGCAGGAGGCGGCCUGGAGCCGGGCGGCCCCCCGCCCAGGCUAACCAACCUCUUGCUGGUGGAGGGCCUGAUGGACCUGCAGCUGAGGGAGCACGACUUCACGCAGGUGGAGGCCACGCGCGGGGCCUGGCGCCCGGCCAGGACCAUCGCCCUCAGCAGGCUCUUCCUGCCUCUGUCGCGGGUGUCCAUCCCGCCCCGCGUCUCCAUCACCAUCGGGCUGGCCGGGGUGGGCAAGACCACGCUGGUGAGGCACUUCGUCUGCCUCUGGGCCCGGGGGCAGGUGGGCAAGGACUUCUCCCUGGUGCUGCCGCUGACGUUCCGGGACCUCAACACCCACGAGAAGCUGUCGGCCGACAGGCUCGUCCGCUGCGCCUUCCCACAGGCCGGAGCGGCCGGCCUGGAGGGGGCGGCCCCGGCCAAGGUGCUCCUCAUCCUGGACGGCCUGGACGAGUGCAAGACCCCGCUGGACUUCUCCAACACCGCGGCCUGCACCGACCCCCAGAAGGAGAUCCAGGUGGACCACCUGAUCACCAACAUCAUCCGGGGCAACCUCUUCCCGGAGGUUUCGGUCUGGGUCACCGCCCGGCCCGGCGCCGCCGGCCAGAUCCCCGGGGGCCUGGUGGACCGGAUGACGGAGAUCCGGGGCUUCGACGAAGAGGAGGUCAAAGGGUGUCUGGAGCAGAUGUUCCCUGAGGACCAGGCCCUCCUGGACUGGGCCCUGGGCCAGGUCCGGGCCCACAGGGCGCUGUACCUGAUGUGCACCAUCCCGGCCUUCUGCCGGCUGGCGGGCCUGGCGCUGGGCCACGCGUGCCGCCACUGGCGGGGGCCCCAGGACGCGGGGCUGUGGCCUCCCAGGACCCUGUGCGAGCUCUACGCCUGGUACUUCCGGAUGGCCCUGGGCGGCGAGGGGCAGGAGAAGGGCAAGGGGAGCCCUCGGAUGGAGCAGCUGGCGCACAGCGGCCGCAGGAUGGUGGGCGCGCUGGGCCGGCUGGCCUUCCACGGGCUGGUCAGGAGGAAGUACGUGUUCUACGAGCCGGACCUGAAGGCGUUUGGCGUGGACCUCGCUCUGCUGCAGAGCGCCGUGUGCAGCCACUUCCUGCAGCGCGAGGAGACCCUGGCCUCCUCGCCAGCCUACUGCUUCGCCCACCUGUCUCUGCAGGAGUUCCUGGGGGCCGCGUACUACCACAGCGCGUCCAAGAGGGCCAUCUUCGACCUCUUCACCGAGGGCGGCGUGUCCUGGCCCCGGCUGGGCUUCCUCACGCACUUCAGGAGCGCGGCCCAGCGGGCCAUGCAGGCCGAGGACGGGCGGCUGGACGUGUUCCUUCGCUUCCUCUCCGGCCUCUUAUCUCCAAGGGUCAAUGACCUGCUGGCGGGCUCCCUGUUGGCCCCGGGCGAGCAUCAGGGCUCCCGGGUGCAGGCGGCCCAGCUCCUGCAGGGCUGCCUACAGCCCACCACGGUAGUCUGUGCCCGGGCCGUCAACGUGCUGCACUGCUUGCACGAGCUGCAGCACACAGAGCUGGCCCGCAGCGUGGAGGAGGCCCUGGGGAGCGGGGACCUGGCCCGGCUGACCGGCCCCCUGCACCGGGCUGCCCUGGCCUACCUCCUGCAGGUGUCCGAUGCCUGCGCCCAGGAGGCCAACCUGUCCCUGAGCCUCAGUCAGGGUGUCCUCCAGAGCCUGCUGCCCCAGCUGCUCUACUGCCGGAGUCUGAGGCUGGACACCAACCAGUUCCAGGACCCCGUGAUGGAGCUGCUGGGCAGUGUGCUGAGUGGAAAGGACUGUCGCAUUCAGAGAAUCAGCUUGGCUGAGAACCAGAUCAGUAACAAAGGGGCCAAAGCUCUGGCCAGAUCCCUCCUGGUCAACAGAAGUCUGACUUCUCUAGACCUCCGCUGUAACUCUAUUGGACCUCAGGGGGCCAAGGCCUUGGCAGAUGCUCUGAAGAUUAACCGCACCCUGGCCUCUCUGAGCCUCCAGAGUAACAGGAUCAAGGAUGAUGGUGCCAAGUUUGUGGCUGAGGCUUUGGCGGCCAACCGGACCCUCUCCGUGAUGCACCUGCAGAAGAACACCAUCGGGCCCACGGGAGCCCAGCACCUGGCAGAUGCCCUGAAGCAGAACAGGACUCUGAAGGAGCUCAUGUUCUCCAGUAAUAGCAUUGGCGAUGGAGGUGCCAAGGCCCUGGCUGAGGCCCUGAAGGUGAACCAGGGCCUGGAGAGUCUGGACCUGCAGAGCAAUUCCAUCAGUGACAGCGGGGUGGCCGCGCUGAUGGGUGCCCUCUGCGCCAACCGAACCCUCCUCAGCCUCAACCUUCGAGAAAACUCCAUCAGCCCAGAGGGAGCCCAGGAUCUGGCUCGAGCUCUCUGCACCAACAGCACCCUGAAGAACCUGGACCUGACAGCCAACCUCCUCCAUGACCAGGGUGCCCAGGCCAUCGCCAUGGCAGUGAGAGAAAACCACGCCCUCAUGUCCCUUCACCUGCAGUGGAACUUCAUCCAGGCCGGCGCCGCCAAGGCCCUGGGACAAGCACUACAGUUCAACCAGAGCCUCAUCUGCCUCGAUUUGCAGGAGAACGCCAUCGGGGACGAAGGCGCCUGCGCAGUGGCCAGUGCGCUGAAGGCAAACACGGCCCUCACUGCUCUCUAUCUCCAGGUGGCCUCCAUUGGUGCGCCGGGGGCUCAGGCACUGGGGGAGGCCCUGGCUGUGAACAGAACCUUAGAGAUUCUCGACUUAAGAGGAAACGCCAUUGGGGUGGCUGGAGCCAAAGCCCUGGCAAAUGCUCUGAAGGUCAACUCAAGCCUCCGAAGACUCAAUCUUCAAGAGAAUUCCUUGGGGAUGGAUGGGAUGAUAUGCAUCGCCACGGCACUGUCUGGAAACCACAGGAUCCAGCAUAUCAAUCUCCAGGGAAAUCACAUUGGGGAAUCAGGUGCCAGAAUGAUCUCGGAAACUAUCAAGACAAAUGCUCCCUCGUGCACUGUUGAAAUGUGAGCACAGCAGUUCCUGGUGGACCGGGCAGGAGGAUGGCAGAGAUGCAGCCUAAGCCUUCAAACAAAAAGACCGCUUUCCAGGGUGAUCUGUUCCCUGGGAAUGAUGCCGCCCUGCACGAGAGCUGGCACACUGCAGAGGCGGAAGGUGCCGCCAGAGGAGGUGGCGAGCGCCUCUUCUGGUCCAGGGUCAGUCUCAGCAGGCGUGAGAUGGACACUCUGGUCUGGAACAGAGGAAGGGUCUUCCACUGAGGGACCCAGGACUUACACCUUAAAGCUCAGCAAGUAAGAAGCUGGCCUUGAGGUCCUCAUGUGCCCCCAACUUUAAAAAUUACUUUUCCACUCAUCUGGUUAAAAAUCAUCCCCCUCCCUCUGAAAUGAGUUGACAUAUUUCAGCAAACUGAGUGUCAAUUUGGCAUUGGUGACAGAGGAGACCUCUCCUUUCUCAAGAAGAAAGUUUCAGGGGUAUGAUCCUUAGAGAUAUAUGAAAGAUGUGCGAUUUUUAUAAAGAGAUAUGUUUUAAUUAUAGAAUUUGGAGACAGAAGGAAAAAAAACUUUCCCAAAGUUUUUCCCAUUUUUUAAAUCCAUCACAAAAUCUCUUACAGGCAUGGAUUAUGUCUGGCAUAUGUUAUUUGGAAUCUGGUAUACUAGUUAUCAAUAACAUGUUCAAUAAUGUUAAUAAUAAUGUUAUUAUUGGGCUUCCAAUAAUUAUUACUACUCUGACUACAAUUUCCCUCUGAAGGCAAGGCAAGCUCAGUUUCCAUGUGGCAUAGGUUCCCUCAGAUGUCUGUGCUGAAAGGGAAAAGAUCCUAAAUGGACACCAUCAGUUAAAUAACCAAGGGAAAUGCUUACAAAGAUUAUAAAGUAAUUGUAAUUUUAAAAUUUGGACAGAAAGCACUGUUGUUCCUAAUGUUUCUUUCAAAAUGAGUAUUCAGGCAAGAAUCAACGGAUAAAACCCUGGAUGAAAGCCAAUUGAAGAAGAAGAAAUUCACAUAGUCUCAAAACAUCACCCCACAAAGGGUAUCUAAGGGCUUUACAAAUGUUGCCUUAACUAAGUGAUUGAACUUAAUGUCACCAAUAAUGGGACAAAUGGACAUCAGCGGUCCUGAUGUGAUGCACUGAGAAGGACAUCGCUGAUGUAGUAUUUUUGCCAAAAAGGUUUACCUGAAUCUAAUCACGAAGGAAUAAUCUGACAAAAUCAGAAUUGAGAAGCAUUCUGCAAAAAAAAAAAAAAAAAAAAACUAGCCUGACCUCUUAAAAAAUGUCAAUGCCAUGAAAAAU